GGAAAUCAGUGAGAAUGCAAAUACAAAGUGCGUGUGGGAGUGAGAUACACAGGGGCAGAGAGACAUGUCUGGCCUGAAAUAUAACAAAAGCUACCAGAUUCCAGCCAUGAAGCAAGCUAUAGACGUUCAGGAAGGAUAACUCAGGCCUGAGAUAUAGUGAGUUACUGGAGAGGUGCUCUUUGCUUCCAGGUUUAACAGAUAUCACAUAUACAGAUUUGAUUUUCAUUGGGAGACACUUGUCUGUAGAUCAAACAUGUUUUCAUUGAGACAAUCUAGACCUACAUUUAAAUCCUAUCUUCUGCCAUCCCAGUCUGAAGAAAAAUUAAGCCCAGAAACUAAAAUUAAAAAGCUGAGACCUGUUCUUCUGCCAGGUGAGAUUGUAGUAAAUGAAGUGAAUUUUGUCAGAAAAUGCAUUGCUUCCGAUACAAGCCAAUACGACCUAUGGGGAAAACUCAUCUGUACCAACUUCAAGGUUUCAUUCAUUACAGAAAACACAGUGCCUUUUCAGUUAAUGACACCAAAAGAAAACAAAAGAUCCUCUCCCCAAAUCAGAAGCUGAAAUUUAAUCCCACAGAGCUAAUUGUUUAUUGCAAAGACUUCCGUAUUUUACGCUUCCGAUUUGAUGAAGCUGGCCCAGAAAGUGCAAAAAAGGUUUGCCUCGCUUUAGCUCACUAUUCUCAGCCUACUGAUCUCCAGCUUCUCUUUGCAUUUGAAUAUGUAGCUGAAUCAUAUCAAAAUCCAGUGGAACGAAUCAAUGGAUUAGAUCCUGGAGGAGGAGGGGGUGAUAGUAUUCAGAAGACUCCUAUGUUUGAAACUUACUCUGACUGGGACAGAGAAAUCAAAAGAACAGGUGCAUCUGAAUGGAGAGUGUGCUCUGUAAAUGAGGGGUACAUGAUUUCAACCUGCCUCCCUGAAUAUUUUGUUGUUCCCUCCUCCUUGGCUGAUCUGGAUCUAAAGCAGUAUUCGCAUUCUUUUUAUGGAAGACGCAUGCCACUUUGGUGCUGGAACCACUCCAACGGAAGUGCUUUGGUGAGAAUGGCCAAUAUCAAAGAUCUGUUACAGCAACGGAAAAUAGACCAAAGGGUUUGCAAUGGAAUAAUCCGGAGCCAUCCUUUAAGGAGUGAUGUUUAUAAAUGUGAUCUAGACCAAAACCUGCCACUUACACAGGAGAUACAGACUGCCUUUAGUAAGCUAAAGCAUCUGUGUGUGAAUGAAUCCUUUGAUGAAACAGAAGAGAAAUGGCUUUCAUCCCUUGAAAACACACGGUGGUUAGAAUUUGUCCGCGUUUUUCUCAAGAAGGCUGCUGAACUUGCGUAUGUGUUGGAUUUCAAGCGUCGUUCUGUUGUUCUUCAAGAGGAAGAAGGUCGUGAUCUGAGCUGCCUUGUGGCCUCACUUGUUCAGCUGAUGCUAGAUCCUUACUUCCGAACCCUUGUUGGAUUUCAGAGCUUAAUACAGAAGGAGUGGGUCAUGGCUGGAUAUCCGUUUCUUGAUAGGUGCAACCAUCUGAAGAAAUCUGAUAAAGAGUGUCCUCUGUUUGUGUUGUUCCUUGACUGUGUUUGGCAACUACUGGAGCAGUACCCAGCGGCUUUCCAAUUCACGGAGACCUAUUUAACAGUUUUACAUGACAGCACCAGAAUCUCACUGUUUGGAACAUUCUUGUUUAAUUCUCCACAUCAGCGUGUACAGCAAAGUACUGAGUUUGCCAUAGCAAAAAAUAUCCAACUGGGUGAUGAAAAGGGUCUUAAAUUUCCAUCUGUUUGGAAUUGGUCACUGCAAUUUUCAGCCAAGGAUCGUGCUCUUUUCAAUAACCCCUUGUACAUUGGGAAGAGUGUGCCCUGUGAUCAGAAUGGUUCUGUCAAGUCUUUUAAGCGCACAAAGAAAAAUUACAGUUCUACGUUGCGUGGGGUACCACCCUGCAUGAAUAAUGGCAUUCUCAACCAAAAAGACUACAUGCCACGCAGAAACUCUCUAAUCUUAAAAUUGAAACCUGAAUUUCUUCAGCCUGCUGCUGUUACACAAAGCAAUGACUUUGAACAAUAUCUCAGAGACUUUUUUUCAAAACCUACGGACUUGCAUGGAGUAAUCCUGCCACGUCUGCACGGCUCACACAUAAAACUGUGGAAGCUUUGCUACCUUCGCUGGAUUCCUGAGGCACAAAUAAACAAGGGAGGUUUUAUCACUGCUUUCCAAAAAAUAUCGCUGCUUGCAGAUGAAAUUGAAAUUCUACAAACCAGUUUGCGCCAGCAUAGAAGUUACCCGCUAUUGCAAGCCACAUCUCCAGAACUGGAACAGAGCAGAAUGUUUUUUAGAGCAGAUGGGUUCCACAACGAUUGUGAAUGUUUGGACUUUCUCUCCUCAUCUUUCCCUUUCUCCCCUGUGGGCAACAUGUGUCGCCGAAGUAUAUUGGGCACACCGUUAAGUAAGUUUAUGAAUGGUGCCAAAAUAUGGAUGUCCACGGAAACACUUGUAAAUGAGGACUGAGAUGAAUAGUGUUGGUAGCAUUUGCUUCUUGGUGAUGGUAUGAUCUUAAUUGCAAAGUGCUGCAUUUUUUUUCUUUAGCCAUACACUGACAUUUUUUAUAUUUUGCACAUAUAUUCAAAACAGAACAAAACAAUGUCCUUAUGUUUAACUGCAAAACUAGUGGUAAUAGUGCAGUUAAAUGUAAUGGUUAGCGGUGCAGUCCCAAUAAGACAGAUACAAAUAAUGCACCUAUUCUUGGAGGUUUUAGUUAUAUUUUUUUAUAAAAUGUUGUAUAGAAAUUAUAAAAGAUGUCUGUAGUUUCUGUGUUUAUAAUGAUUUAUUUAACUUGCACCAUAUACUUUGUAAUGAAGACAUUUGUUCAGAUAAAAGGGGCAUUAAUUACCUUUUGUUUUUAUGCAAAAAUUGUGUUUGUCCAAUACUCCCUAGAAAUGCCAAAAUGCAAAUUUUGGCAAUUUGCAGCAUUUUUUUAAGAUCUAUGUUUAAGAGUUUGCUUUUUGUGUGCCUCUCUAGUGUGUGUGGGACAAGCCUAUUUUUUACACAAAAGCAGUGUUUUUGUCCAUUUAAAGGGACACAAUACCCAAAAAAAGCAUUUGAGGUGAUGUAGCAUAGCUGAAAAAAAGCGGACGAGAAAAUAUCACCUGAAAGUUCUAGGAAGAUAUUUUACCUCAAGAUUUCCUAAGUAGCCACAUCCCAUUGUAAAGGGACUUUACGCAGCCAAUCAGGGAGCUAGUCCUGGGAAGGAUAACUGUUCACAAAGCAGUUACUGUUGUGAAGAAAGUUUGAGGUAAAAUAUCUUCCUUUUUUACAUAAAGAUGCUCAGGUGAUAUUUUCUUGUCAGCCUUUUACAGUUAUGCUGCAUCACUUUCAAGGGAUUUAACAUAUGCGUAUUAUGUCCCCAUUAAGUUUUGGUUCAGAUCUGUUACUUUGGUAGAUUUGUAAAUUUAAAAAUGCUCACACAUUUAACCACUAUAUUGUAACUGUGGAAAUAGUCUUAACAAAAAAACACAAUAAAUAUAUAUGCCCUAGCAUCUGUAAAUGGGGAUAUUUACAGAAGUGAUUAUAUAUGUAGAACUGUAUCUAAUAUGUAAGUGAGCAUCAUCAAACUAGACAUUCUAGUGGGAAAAUGGCAGGUUUUAACAGAAAAAUGAAUCUAAGCUAGGUAACUGGAACUGUACAUUGCUAAUGCUUUGAUGUGAAGCAGGCUAAAUUGUGUGUCUAUUAAUAGAAUACUUUAUUAGUAUGUUCCAAACUCUGGUUAUGAGUUAAGCAUUAUUAGGUACCUGAUUUAUGUUAAUGUCCCUGUUUAUAUUUGCCUACAAUAUAGAAUAGUUUUCCCUUAAAGGGACAUUUAAACACUAAAUACCUUUCAUGCACUCCCUCUAAUUAUGGGUGCUGCCAUUUUGGAACUUCGGUGUCUCAAAGGAGAGUUGCUGCACACAUGCAAACUCUUCCGCACUAAUAUGCAGUGACCACUAGAUUUUCAACUGCAACCUCAAUAUUAUGGUUUUUAAAAUGAUUUAGUGUUUACUGUCCCUUUAAUCAGUGAUAAAUGCAACUUCACAAUAUCUUCCAAUGGUUGGUAAAGAAAGAAGCUGCAUAAUUUAAUUUGCUUAAUGGUGACAAAGCAAGAACUCCAGUAAAAUAAUGUAAACAUUGUUGUGUUUUUGGAAUAGUAAGUGGGGCCGCACCUUUAAAACCUGUCAAUAACACUUUUUUCAAUAGUUCUAUGUAUGUGUCCAGCUUAACAUAGCUAAACGUUUUCUAACUAGAAGCUUGGGAUCAAAUCACUGACUUACUGGUUUAUAUAGAUUUAGAUAUUUUUUUCUCUUGAUUUGUGCUGCAAUAAUUCUAUUUGAGGGAUGUCUGCAGUUAGUUACAGAUUUUUAUUUUUUAGAAAAAAGUUUAUUUUAUUUGUAUUCUAAAAGAAAAAAAAAUGUGCAAACUAAUACUUAAACAGCUAAAUAGUUUGUUGUAAAUUGUUACUAAAUAUUUGUUGGGUACUUUGAGUUUGCCUUUAAUCAGUGGAAAAUAAACGUCAAGAUGAUUGUGCACUGCUAACUUUUGUUGUAGAUAUGUCUUAAAAUAUAGAUUUAGAAGUGCCUUUAAGAUAUCUAAAUUAAGUUAAAAACAUUUCCCUGAUGUUAGUUAAAAUGAGUUUGGUGCUUUUACGUAAUUAGUUUUUACUAAACUAUAAGAUUAAUUUUAUAUGGUCUUUUUAAUGUGGAUGUUGGACUCUCUUACAGAUAUUUUUGUUAUGUCCUGCAUUUAUAGGAUAUUACCUGCCAUUAUUACACAACAUCUCUAAUGUAUAAUUAAAGGUUUCCUGCUCCAAUCCUGUUGGAAUUAACAGGUAUGUACGUUACUCUAAUUCAGGCAGGAGCCAGAGAGCUGUAGCUCAUACUCCUGAUUAUUCUCACUCAUUCUUACAAAAAAAUAAUCUGGCAUCUCAGUGUUAUGGGUGGUUCUUAAAGGGACAUUAAACCUACAUUUUUUCUUUCAUGAUUCAGAUAGAGUAUAACAUUUUAAUCAACUUUCUAAUUUACUUCUAUUAUCUAAUUUGCUUCAUUCUCUUGAUAUUCUUUCCUGAAAAGCAUAUCUAGAUAGGCUCAGUAGCUUCUGAUUGGUGGCUGCACAUAGAUGCCUCGUGAUUGCCUCACCAAUGUGCAUUGCUAUUUCUUUAACAAAGGAUAUCUAAAGAUUGCAGCAAAUUAGAUAAUAGAAGUAAAUUAAAAUGUUAUUUAAAAUGGUAUUCUCUAUCUGAAUCAUUAAAGAAAAAAAAUAGGUUUAAUGGCCCUUUAAGUGUCAUGUAGUAAUCAUCUGUCUGUUACAUGAGUCCCUGGUUGAAAAUAAAUACCAUAUGGGAUUUUGAGGUGUAUGAUCUAGUUCAUAUGUUUUCCUUUUCUUUUUUUUUUUGCUAACUUCUAUGGAAGACAUGAAAUUUGUUCUCUUUACAUUAAUGUAGGAGUUGUUAUACCCCACUAUGAAACUUAAAGUGAUGCGAAACUCAUUGACUUUGUUCUAUUGGUAGCCUUUGUUGCAGAGAAUACCUAGCUAGGUAGGCUAUUGUGUGGGCAUGUCUGGUACUAGUUUUGCUACAAUGCUUUUAACAGGUAUAAAUUGCCAUCUAGUGCUCAAUAGUGGGUAAUCUUGAUAAAAUCAUUCUAGAAAUUGUACGCUUUUAUCUAAAUCAAGAACAUUGGUUUCAUGCCCCAUGUACUCUGGAGCCAUUCAGCAUUAAUCACAUUUUAUGGAACAUCUAUUUAAUGCCAAAACAUGAACUUAGCAGGAAGUAGCGACAUUCUAUUGAGAGGAUGCAUUUCAUAUCAUGAAAGAAAAAUCUGACUGGCAAAAAAGCAGUAUUGUAGUAUAUGAUGUGAAGAACUGGUAAACCAUUCAUUGGCAUCUAUUAAUAGCAACACGCAUUUGACUGAGGCCAUUUUUUUCCAUGUUACAUUUCAAUAGCCCGAUUAUCAUGCAGUAUUCUCCUGAAAAUGAGUGAAGAAUUCUGUGUGAUGUUACACGCGAGAUUCUAUUCCAUAGGACUAUUCAGUACAGUGAGUAGUGUACCUUUUGGUAAAUAAAAAGUUUAGCAUAUCUAAGAGGAGCAGGAAAGGAAUUGUGUAUUAAAAAAAAAUCUGUUCCAUUUGAUAAAGUUUUAUUAGAGGCUAUUGCUAACAUGUAGAAUAACAUAUUAAAGAACAAUUAACCAGUUAAAUGGUUAAUCCUGUAGCUGUGUAGAUGAAAUGCCUCCGUAUGGGAUUAAUAUAUUAUUUAGAAAGCACCUUAUUGAAGUUCACUUUCUGGUGGUGCCCCUGCUCAGCCCUGUAUGAUAAGCUAAUGAUGUAGGCACAUGAGCGGUUGACCAGCAGUGACCUCAUGAACUACCCCAGUGCAAAUAUAUCACAAUAGCUCAGUACAGUCACUGUCAGACUGCACUAUGUAGCAGGGUUCUAUUACUACCUGUAGCGCUGUUGUACUAAUGAUCCUUGAAUAACUUUAAAGAGAUAGUAAAAUCAAAAUUUUUAUUUUCAUGAUUCAGAUCGAGCAUGCAAUUUAAACAACAUUCCCAUUUACUUCUAUUGUCUAAUUUACGUUGUUUUCUUGGUAUCCUUUUAUUGAAAAACAUACAUAGGUAGCCUCAGGACUGGCAAUGCGCUACUGGGAGCUAGAUUCUGAUUGGUGUUUGCACAUAUAUGCCUCAUGUUAUUUGCUCACCAACUAGUUACCAGUAGUGUAUUGCUGCUCCUUCAACAAAGGAUACCAAGAGAAUUAAGCUAAACUGGUAAUUAAGCAAAUUGGAAAGUUAUGUCUCUUCUGCUUCAGAUAGAGCAUACGAUAAUUGUCUGUUUUAUGUCCCUUUAAGCUGCAAUUGUUCCACUCCCAAAGCUGUCCAGUAGGAUUUUCUCCAAAGGAUACAAUGCUGUUACUUUCCACUCCUAUGUGGUGGAGAAAAUGACGACUAUUAACAACUAUCAUAACCAAUGGUGUUAUGCAGAGGAAAACACAUGUAAGCGGCAGUUACCAGAUAACUGUAUUCAUUUAUUUAACCUCUUCUCUGCUGGAAAGUGUAAUUGCCCUUUUAAAGUUAAUGAAAACCUUUGUUAAAAAAUAUCUAUAUUUCUAUGAUGUAUCUGAUAUUGGGCUUUCCAUUUUGUUCAAAAGAUGGACCAUUUUUGUUUCAAUUUCACUGGAAAGCCGAAACUAAUGUUAGAAAUGUUCUUAAAGGGACACUGAACAAAAUUUUUUUUUCUUUCAUGAUUCAGAUAGAGCAGGCAAUUUUAAGCAACUUUCUAAUUUACUACUAUCAAUUUUUCUUUGUUCUCUUGCUGUCUUUAUUUGAAAAAGAAGUUAGCUAGGCUUUUUUUUUGGUUUAGACUCUGGACAGCACUUUUUUAUUGCUGGAUGAAUUUAUCCACCAAUCAGCAAGAAGAACCCAGGUUGUUCACCAAAAAUGGGCCGGCAUCUAAACUUACAUUUCAAAUAAAUAUACCAAGAGAAUGAAGAAAUGUUGAUAAUAGGAGUAAAUUAGAAAGUUGCUUGAAAUUCCAUGUUCUAUCUGAACCACGAAAGAAAAAUUUUGGGUUCAGUGUCCCUUUAACUGAAGAAAAAUAUACAACUCUACAUAAACUGUAACUGACCAGUGGUUGUGCAGAUUUGUGGCACUGUGUAUGCAGGAAAACCCCACAGACCAGCAGAUACAGACAAAACUGCUUCUGAUCGUGUGCUGUACAUUAUUAGCUGCUUUGGUCCUACUGAAAAUCUGUUAAAUUGUUACUUUAAAAAGUGGCAUUACACAGUAUUCAACUUGGUAAUAUUAAACACUGAAUAACAACAGCCGGACAGAUAGCUCAGCAUGCUAAGGCACUGUGGCUAAGAUCUGUAACAACCCAAGGGUUGCAGGUUCGAUCCCCGGCGAGGUCCACUCAGCCGUUCAUCCUCCAGAGGUUGAUAAAAUGAGCAGCGCCUUGAGACCUUUACGGGUGAUUAGCCCAUACAUACAACAAAUGUAUAUUUCUUGGUAAAUAUGCAUACAGGGAUACGUACUGAUAGGCAGACAGGGAUACGUACUGAUAGGCAGACAGGGAUACGUACUGAUAGGCAGACAGGGAUACGUACUGAUAGGCAGACAGGGAUACGUAUGACUACCUUAUUUUACAACUAUUUGUUUUGCUAGUGUUUAUGCACUAAAGGAUGCACAUACCACAUUUUGAUAGAAUAGUCCAGUAUUUGCUUAGAAGUAACCAGCCACUGCCAAAUAUCACAAUUGAACCACAAUUUCUUCUUUCCUGAUUCGCAUAUAACAUAUAAUUUUUUUAAACCACUUUCCAGUUUACUUCUAUUAUCAAAUCUAUUUUAUUUUCUUGGUAUCCUUUGUUGGAGGAGCAGCAAUGCCCUACUGGGAGCUAGCUGCAUUUAUGAGGUGAGCCAAUGACAAGUCAUAUGUGCAGCUGGCUCCCAGUAGUAGCUGCUCCUGAGCCCUCUACCUAGGUAUGGUUUUCCCCAAAGGAUUCCAAGAAUGAAGUAAAUGCUAGAAGUAAAUUGGAAAGUUGUUUAAAAUUGCAUUCUUUAUCUGAAUGAUGAAAAAAUGUUUAGUUUUCAUGCCCAGUGUAUCCUCCUUACACUGUUGAAUUUAAAGAUUAUCCUUAGCUGAUUACUUUAACAGAAGUUUAACUAGUGAUUUCAUACCUUUUAUAGAAUAAAAACUCUUAGGUAACAUUAGCUCAGAUCAAGCUCCCUGUGCUGAGCAUACAGAAAGGAAUGAUGCUUGAGGGACCAAUCAUUCCUCUAAUCAUGCAUAUGAAAUAGCUUACAAUUUUCUUUCAUGCCCCAAAAACAUUUGCUGUUUUUAUUUUCAAGUACUUGUUUGUGCACAACGGCUUUCUAUGGAUACAUUGGUAACUGGCUGAUAAGGGCAAUCCCACAAGUCUAUACAAGCAUGAAAACAAAAAGUAAUUUUACACGGUACAGAAAAAAACCUGAUACAUUGUACAAUAUCGUUUAACAUCAAAGGAAGAAAAGUUUUUUGUUUUUUUUUAUAUGAACCUACACUGUCAUUACUCUGUUAAACCGUUGGAAGUGUUUCAGUGUUAUGUGUAUAGUAUAUGUUGAUUGGCCUUAUGUACCACUGGUUAGAUCACUGUGAAUACUACACCCUUUGUUAUGUUCCACUAAUAUUUAUGGAAUUCCAAGUAUGUGCUCUCUAACAAAACCGAAGCACCACAUUAGAUAUAUACACAAGUGUGCAUCAAUGAAGUGAUUUUUAAGUGAAACUGUUGUGCCUCAAAGGACUGUUAUUUUAUGCUUAUUAGGAAAGUUUUAAAACUUUUAAUAGAUUUCUAAUGUGAUGGAAAUUAGGAUUUAAAUAAAGAAAUAUAAACCUGG